AUGGCCGUGGCCGCCGCUGCCCGCCGCGCUCUGUGCGCGCUGCUGCUGGGCCGGGGCCCGGCGCUGCCGCCCGCGCUGCGCCUGCCCCGGCCCGCCCCGGCCCUGCUCUCGGCCCCGGCCCCGGCCCCGCUCCGCGCCGCCCUCCGCGCAUACAGCCAGGUCACGGAUGCUCCGUCCCACGAAGGUCGCCUGUCAGAGGAGAAGCCCGCCUCACCCAAGGCGGAGAGCGACACUGUCUACCUCAUCAGGGCAGAAGGAUUCCCGUUCUCGUGCACCGAGGAAGAUGUCCUUACCUUCUUUGAUAGCUGUAGAAUUCGGAACGGCGAGAACGGGAUACACUUCCUCCUAAACAGGGAUGGGAGGCGCAGGGGGGAUGCCUUGAUCGAGCUGGAGUCCAAAGCAGACGUGCAGAGAGCCCUGGAGAAGCACCUGAGGUACAUGGGCCCACGCUACGUGAAAGUGUUUGAGGUGCACGACAGCGACGUGGAGGGCUUGAUGCGCAGCCUGCGCGACGAGUCGCAGGCCAUGAGCGACGGAGUGGUGCUGCUCCGAGGCCUCCCCUUCACCUCCACCGAGGAGGACAUUGCAGAUUUCUUCUCAGGUCUGAAAAUCACAGACAUCGCUUUCAUUUACCGGGGAGACAGAAGGACAGGAGAAGCUUUCGUGCAGUUUGCCGCUCCGGAAAUGGCAGCUAAGGCCCUGCUGCGGCACAGGGAAUAUAUGGGAAGCAGGUACAUAGAGGUGUACGUGAGCAGAAAGCACCAGAUGCAGAGGCACAUGCCCUACAGCAGGCAGCUGACAGCCUAUUCCAGGGGCAGACGAGAGUAUGAGUCCAUCUCUGAAGACAGGGGCUGGAGAGACACUGGAGGCUCCCAUGCCGAAGGAGAAAUCAAAUUGAGCAGGGAAGGAACAGAAAGCUCCAGGAACGUUUCAGAGUCUGAGACUGCCUCAUCACCACCACAGCAUUUUGUCCACAUGAGGGGUUUUCCUUCCCAAGCUAGUGCCCAGGACAUAAUAAAUUUUUUUGCUCCGCUGAGGCCCACGAGGAUCUUGGUGGAAUAUAACUCCCAUGGAGAUGCCACAGGAGAGGCAGAUGUGCAUUUUGAGAGCCACGAGGACGCAGUCGCAGCAAUGGCCAAGGAGGGGUCACAGAUGGAGUGCAGUGCCAUUGAAUUGUUCCUGAACAAACAUCCCAAGGGACAGGAGAACUGCUAGUGACAGCAGCACAGGUUUGGCCAGGCGAAGACAUUCCGUGGAUAUGAGCGCGAAGAUCAGGUCCAAGUGUCACCAGUCAGCGAGGAGGACAAGCUAAGAUUAGAUCAGCCUUAUGUAAGAGCUUGUAAUAAACGUGAUGGCUGCACUGCACCAGCUGCAGUGGGAAUGGCCAAGGCUCCAGCGUGGAGCAAUCCAGGGCUCCAGGUGCAUCAGGCUGCAUUAAUAAAACACCAGGAUUGCCAAUUAACAGCUGAGUGAUCUAAGAC